GUCCAACCGACGUGUCUUUAUUUGUUUUAUUUUUUCAGUAUGCAAUUAUACGAUUCACGAACCCUGUCGAGCUCAGAUAGACUAAUUUUAGUGGUUUUAUACAGCAGGGGGAGCGUGUUUGGAGCAGCAGCAGCAAAGAUUAGUAAAGAUUAGCUAAAUAAGAUUUUUUUAGAACAAUCUUGAGGCAGGGAAAAGUUAUUGGACCUGAGUACCUGCAAGUUUUGACAAGUAGCUUAGUUAGCUUUUGCUAAGCUAAGCUAAGCUAAGCUAAGGAGAAGAGUUUGUAGCACCGCCAUGGAGGAGUAGUUAGCUGGGUUUCAGAAACAGGCACCAAACCACGACUAGCCAGCUGCCAAAACAAGGCUAGCUAAUAUACACAAAAAAAUGGAGUACGCAGGAUCAGACAACAGCCUGCCGUUUGGUCAGGGAGCUUCUGCUUUCGGCAGCGAGGAUGGGGAAGGGGAGGACGUUAUUCCAGAGAGAAGACUGUCCCUGGAUCUGAUACACUGGGAACCUGCAGCAGAAAGAUAUGAUGUGGAGAGGGCUGCAUCACCUGCCCCCAGUUAUGUUUCGAUGCACAGUGAAGACUGGUCCUUCCUGUCAGAGACCGAAGUAGAUGAAGACCCUCUACCUGGUGUUGCCACCAAGGUCCAAUUGGAGAGACCAUGCUCUUCAGAGUCAAGCGACUGCUCUUUUGACAGCGAUGAUGAAGGCAAGCCUGAACGAAGGCCACGGAAAAAAUCCUGCAGCCAGCCGAGUCCUCCUGCUCCUCCCGUAAAACCUGAGUUAAUAAAGGAUCCUAAUGAGAAGCGGCACCCUGCACUUACUAUUGAUUUUGCUUUCAAGGUCCUUCAAAGCAGCCUUAAGAAACUCACUGCAGAUGAGUUAAAGAGAUUUAAACGAAUGCUAUGGGAACGCUACCCAGAGUGUUUUCAAGAUCCACUGGAUAAAUUGGAUAUUGUUGAUGUGGUAGAUAAAAUGCUGGAGAUCUGCGACAUAGAAGUAUCUCUGAAGAUCACAUUGUUCGUUCUGAAUGAAAUGAACUUAAAGAAAGUAACGGAGUACCUGCAGGGCAUGUGUAAAAGAAAUGAAGUCCGCUAUGAGUUGAAAGUGACUCUAAAAAGGAAGUACGAGAACAUGCAUGAAGGCCUGGCCCAGCAUGGACAACAGAGCUUAUUUGAGUCUGUUUACACAGACCUCCUGGUUACUGAGGGUGGAAAUGCAAAAAUAAACAUUGAGCAUGAGUAUAAAAAGAUAGAAGAGCUUAAAGAAGUGGUCCGUGGCACCAAGGAGGUGGUUGAUUCCAAGGACAUAUUUGACCCCGAGAUCGUGAAGAAGAAGCACGUGAGGACGCUGAUCACUAGAGGUACUCCAGGGAUCGGCAAAUCAUCUCUAGUUCAGAAGUUUAUCCUAGAUUGGGUGAAUGGCGUAGCGCACCAACACGUGUUCCUUCUAAUCCCUCUGCCGUUCAAAGAGCUGAACCAAAUGGCAGACGACUCAAUAGCCUUCAUGGAUUUAAUAUGCAGGCUCUAUCCAGAAAUGAAGAAAGUGGAUUGCCUCGAAUUUGAGGACUGUCAGGUGAUGUUCAUCUGCGAUGGCCUAGACGACUGUGUCGUUCCCAUCGACUUCUGCAGAACUGCAUACUGGUGUGAUAUUGAUACGCCAACAACGCUUAGAAUUUUAAUCACCAACCUGAUCAGAGGAAACCUUUUGUACUCUUCUUACGUGUGGGUCACCUCUCGACCCGUUUCAAUCGAAGUGAUUCCCGGAGAAAGCAUCCAUCAGUCAUAUGAGGUUUGUGGGUUUACAGAUGAACAGAAAGAAGCCUAUUUCAGGAAGGUAAUCCCAAAUGCAGAGCUUGCAGAGAGAGCGAUUGCUCAUAUCAAGUCAUGCAAAACACUCUACUACAUGUGCCACAUGCCACUGUUCUGCUGGGUGGUGCACAAUGUGCUGGAGAGAGAACUCCAGAGCUUGCCAGCAGGGACAGAACUUCCCAAGGCAAUUACUCAUUUCUACACAAACCUGCUCCUUGUGCACAUUAGCAUGCGUGGCCAGAAACUCAAGAACUCUAAGGAUGCUAAGGAUGAUCAGCCUGUUCUUUCUGAUCAAGAGUUUCUCAUGAAGCUCGGAAAGAUAGCCUUCCAGUUACUGGAGAAGAACGUGUACAGGAUUGAGAAAGAUCACUGGAAAGAGAGUGGUCUGCAAGACCGAGAUGCUGUGGUUACUGCGGGGCUCUGCACUCAGUUCUACAGAGAAAAGUUUGUGAUGUAUCACGAGAAAGUAGACUGCUUUGUUCAUCCAACUAUGCAGGAAUACCUAGCUGCUCUGUAUGUGUUCCUUUCCUUCAAGAACAACGGGAAGAAUGUUCUUGAUAGCCACAAGUUCAAAGUGUUCUCCAAGGAUUCCCCCCUGGCAGAGCUGUAUAAAAGUGCUAUUGAGAAAGCACUGCACAGCAAAAACGUCAGCUACGAAGUCUUUCUGCGCUUUCUGCUGGGCAUGUCCGUAGAGGCCAAUCAGGAGCUGCUUAGGGGCAUACUCACCAGCACAGGUUCUACCCUCCCAGCCCGUGAGGAGACGGCACGUUACAUCAGAAAGAAGCUCAAGGAAAGUCAACACCUUGACAAAACCAAGACUGAAAACUUAGAGCGAUGCUUAGAUGAGCUUUUCCCUAAUCCUCAAAGGCAGUGAGCUUUUUCAGUAGAUUGGAAAAGGGAAACAUACUAUUGUCUGCCAAUACUCUGUGCCUCUCCACCUGCUUUAUAUCAGUGGCAAACUUCUGUUUUGUAGCAUAUGAUCUUAAGAGAGCCUUGGCAUCCUUUCCUUUGGUGGUUUUAAUUAUGUAAAAAAAUGUUCUGCUAGUGUGGGGAAAAAUGGCAUCGAGCAGCAGUGUUUCUGAACAGUUGCUAUGAUCAGUAUGCUGAAUACUACUCUUAAAUGUGAGAUUGGCCUCUACAGGGUUUACAUAUUUUAUUUUUGCCAUUUGUUUCAUUUGUUUUCUCUAGGUCAUCCCCACCAAAUGUACUCAGAACUUAAACUACUAAAUUACAAGUGCAGUUGCAAUUGAAAAUGUUCAACUUAGGUUUAAAAGAUUUCAGCUGCAAUUCAGUUUGCAAUAAACUAAUCAACCAAGAAAUAUUCAAAAUAGCUCAACACAUCUAAUAGAAUAAGCAAUAAAAUUCCUCAUGAGACCACACAUUUGCAAAUCAGAGGGCAAAUCUUGGACUGCAUUAGGAGCAUUUAGGUGGGUUAGAUAUUUAACACGUCAAAUACCUGUACUGCCCUGGUCAGGGCUUGUUUAUUAAUGGAUUAAAAGAAAUAUUGCUCAUAUUGAGAGAGAGAUGUCCAAAAUAUUCAGUGAAGAGAUAAUAGCCUUUCAGAAAUAUUUGGUGAAAAAGGACCCAAAUAAAUUCACCAUUGUGUAUGAUAAAAAUCUUUUAAUGUAUGUUUGUGAUGCUUUUCUAAGAAAGAGCAAUCAAAAAUUACUAUUUAAAAAUAUGUACUUAACACUGAACAUUUUUAACAUCUCAUGAUAAUAAAUCACUAAAUAAGUAAUUAUUCUUCUGAAUAUUUGUGCAUCCCUAUAUCAAGGAUAAAGGAACAUGGGUUACACUUACUGGACAUGACAGAUAAAGGAAGCGAUUGCUAUUUUUCGUUAGGUACCUGAGGGGACAGGUGGGCAAAAACAUUGAGAUUUGUUGGCAGCAGGCAGUGAAGUUGCAGUUUGCCCAGCUGAACUUAACGAUUUUACAUUUCUACUUUAAUUUGAAUCCAGUAUGCUCAAAAUAUGGCUCAUAAAUAAGCCACAGAAGUUUUGGGAUUCUGUUUUGUGAAGAGAUGCAACAAAAGUUAUUGUGAAACAAACCUUUUUGUGCCUACAGAUCAGUAGUAUGACUAAAGGUGGUUACAGAUGCAUAGUGGCUGCUUGGUGAUACUCCUUCACUGGAAACCUCAUCAUGUAAAGGACAAGAUGGGUUUAAUCAAGUAUCAGAAAAUUCUAGGGGUAAACAUUGUGCCUUUUAUAAGGCCUGGGCAUUAUUAGACCUUCCAGCUAGACAGUGAUCCCAAGCAUAUCACCACCAUGUCUACCAAGGUUUGAUUUUAGAAGAAGUCCUGGAAGAUUCUGGAAUGGCUGACAUCGUCGACUGACCUGAACCAUAAUAGUUUUCUGUUAUGGUUCAAGUCAGAUGAGGAUGUCAACCAUUCCAGAAUCUGAAAGUGGCAUUUUGUGUUAAAUCAGGAGAAAACACAUAUUAGAGUAUUUGUGUUGAGCUAUUUAUGAAUGUUUUUUGUUUCAUUGGUUCAUUGCAAACAGCUGAAAUUGUCUGACAAUGCAAAAACAACUUCUCGCUAUAGAACUGAUCCUUAUAUUUGGUGUAUUAUUCAAAAAGAUAUUUGAUGGCAUAUUUUUUAACUCAAGAAGAGCAGAAUGUUUAGGCAGUACUGGCUCACAAUGCUUUAAUGAUUGCAGAAUAUUCAUUCAUAUACAGCUCUGGAAAAAUUAAGAGAUCAGAAGCCAUCAAACCAAGCUGAACUGCUUAAAGUUAGGUUUAAAACAGGAGGAGGAGAACAUGCCAAGAUGCAUGAAAACCAAAUAUUGAUUACUGAACUCUUAAAACUUUAUGAAUAUGAACUUGUUUUCUUUGUAUUAUUUGAGGUCUGAAAGCUCUGCAUCCUUUUUGUUAUUUCAGCCAUUUCUCAUUUUCUGCAAAAAAAAUGCUCUAAAUGACAAUAUUUUUAUUGGGAAUUUGGGAGAAAUGUUGAUCGUAGUUUAUAGAAUAAAACAACAAUGUUCAUUUUACUUAAACAUAUACCUAUAAAUAGCUAAAUCAGAGAAACUGAUUCAGAAACUGAAGUAGUGUCUUAAUUUUUUCCAGAGCUGUAUUUGUAACCAUACUGAAGUACUUUAAAUUUCUUUGUAUAUUUCGGUCAGUUUAGUUCUAAUAUCUAUAUUUUUGCAUCAGCAUCAACAGAUAUGUAAAUAGAAAGUAAUCAUAUAAUGGCUUUGGCACAGUAAUCCCAGUGCGGUGCAUCCUAAGUUAUAUUAAGUAAGUAUUUAAGUUGAAUAUCAGUACCAUCUGUUUUGGUCUGUCGCAUGCCUCCUACAAUCUGUGAAGUAUCUAUUCACAUACUAUUUAUUCUGACUGGCACAAAGUGCUGUAUGCAUCUGAAAUAAUAUGCAUAGAAAUGAAAACACCAGUAUACUGAUUGGGUGGUGUGUCAACCAAUGACAGAAGAAAGAAGGACUCUGCUGUUUGUGAUAAGGACCUGUGAAGAGGAUAUUUUAAAAUGUAAACUUUUUUGAGUUUACUGUUUAUUUUUAUUAGUAUGUUUUUUUUUAUUGUAUGUCUACAUUUUAUUCAGCUCAAUCAUAUGACAUAAAUCCAGUUGCUAAUUUAGCUUUUACACAGAUUAUGAAUAAGCAGUGUGUGCACCGACAGCAUCUAUAGCCAGUGAUUUUGCAUGGCUGUUACUAAUCAAUGAAACUCAGAAAGAAAGAAACUGUACUGCUGUUCAGUAGGGGUGGGCAAUAUUAUAUCAUAUACAAUAUAUCGUAACAGAAAUAUCAUGAUAUUAAAAAUCCAUAUCGUGAUAAUAGGGCUGGCUGUUCUGUCAUAAAAGUAGUCUAUUAUUUACUGUGAAGCUUUAGGUGUAUUUAUUGUAUAAUUGUUUUAGUUUGCAGUUUAUAUGCAUGCACUAAAUAUUCUGCAAUAUUUUUUGCUGCAUUAUAUUAUUUUAUGCUAUAUUAUUUAUUUUGCCACAUUAUGAUUAUGCUGUUAUACUAUUAUACUAUAUUCCUGAAAUUAAUUAAUUAUUUUUCUGUUUUCCUAUAUGGCCAAGUAUAUUGUUAUCACAAAAAUACCCUGAAAUAUCAUGAUAUUAUUUUAGAGCCAUAUCGCCCACCCCUACUGUUCAGACAGUACAGAUUUAUGGCUUGUGAUAUCAAAGUACUGCUUCUAUUCCUACUGGACUCAUAUUAAAAAUAAAAUUGCAAUGGUUACUUGAGUAAUGCCAUAGAGAAACCGCUUUGAUGUUUGUAAAAAUGAUGUGUUCAGAUGUUCAUGUUUAAAAAGUUCCUUUCUACUCAUAAAUCUCUAUUAGAAACAUAGUUAGUAUGGAACCAAAUGUGGUCCCUCUUUGGCAUCAUUUAAAGAACCAUUUUCAGUAAGUGUUUAUUUAAAGGUGUAUUUAUUGGUGUAUGGUACUUCAGACUACUUAGACCUGAUCACAGGGAAUUAUUUGCCUUAUAGUGUGAUAUGCUAAAGGAUGCACUGAUCAUGUUGUGUAUAGGAACACUCAGCACAAAUCGUUAAAAGCAUAGCAUGCUUGAGAUGCCACAUGCUUUCAAGAUAACAUCAAUAAAAUAAAGUCGUUUCGUAAUAUA